GAUAAACCUUGAUUGACUGUGGAGAAUUUUGUAGUCCUGACUUCCGGUAUGGUUAUGUACAAAAAUCAUGAUAUUAUUUUGAUAUCCAUGCUGAAAAAAAGGAAGUACGGAAGAAGAAAAUUUGGAUGGGCUGGGCUUAAGCCCAUAGAGAUAAAGGAAGUUGAGCUGGCUGGAUGUCCAUAAUUUAGCGCGAUGGUGAAACUUAACAAACAGCUCUUCCUACUUCAGGCUUCAGCCUCGGCAUUGUUGCCGCCACCGCAGACUGGCGAAGACAGCGUACGGGGAAAAUGGGGAAAGGAGAUGAAAUGUGGGACGAUUCUGCUCUUCUCAACGCUUUCGACGACGCCAUUUCCAAGUACAAGAAGUAUCAUGGCAAGAAAGGCCAGGAAAAUUCAGCUGAUAGUGGAAAAGGUUUAGCUGACAGUGUGGAUCCUGCUCCUGUAGCGGAUGAAGGCCUUGGAUUAGCCAGGGAGGUGGAGGAAACUGGGAAAGUAGCAUCACAACUUACAGCAGAGAUCAAUGACAGAUUAUGCAUAGCACCAUCGGAUGAAAAUCAUUUCGCGUAUCAACUUGGAGCUGAACAAAACAUAGAUACUGCAAACGAUGUAAACGCACCUACAGUUGGUGAUCAUUCUAAUAUACAAGCCACGGAGGAUUAUAACGAGCUACUAAGCCAGUAUUAUGAGCUGGAAGAGAAGAGGCAAAAGGUUCUAGAACAGCUUCAACAACUAGGAGGCUAUUAUUACCAAGAUCCUGCUGAAGGUUCUAGUUCUGCUGCCCAGUUAGCUAACUGCUCCACUUCUCAAGACCAUUCAGCCCCAGCAACAAACCAAACUCAUGGCUCAGCUGCCUGCAUAUAUACCACUUGUUGCCCUUAUGCCAGUCAUUGUCCAGUAGUUUCAUGCUGUGGUAGUAAGUUAGGCACCAACUCCGCUGUGUUGACUUGUUGUGGAAAAGCUUGUCCUCUUGGGGAGAGUGACAUGGUUAAAACAGCCAUGGAAGCUGCUGAAAGAGCGAUGUCAUCUAUGAAAGUACAAACCUCGGACAAUAAUGGUGUCAAAGAUGAAGAAGAACAGGGAACUGCACAAGGUCCUACUUCUGGAACAGAUCUCUGCGAUGUCUUGAAUGCUUGGUAUUCUGCUGGUUUUUUCACCGCCAAGUAUCUUACAGAGCAAUCCAUGGCUAAGAAGUAGAGGUAUUCCUGUUGGAGCAGAAGGAAUACAGGCGAUGCGUGAUUGGUUGGCGAUGGAACAAAAAUUUAAUUUAGUGCAGGAAACAGAAGUUAGAGAGAAGUAAGUAAACAAGAUUUGAAUAAAUUUCUGAAUGUACUAAACUAUUUUCUGGUGAACUAUGUACGAAAUUUUGAGAAUACUAGUACUUCACAUGAAUUGAGCUGAAUUCUUUGUACAGCUUCAACAGUUCAUCCACCUUACAUUUUUCUUCCCCAGCAGGGAGCAACUUUUAUGGGUCAGUUCAGUUCCUUAGUUCCCUUCUUCGCUUCUCAUAUCUCUACUUUAGCAGCAGCUUCCUUGAUCUGUUCGAUCGUGAGCUCACCAAAAACAUCAUCAUCUCCCACAGCAUUGAUCACCGCAAGUGCCACAUCUUCAACACUGACUGGUGGCGCCAGUAGCACAUCGGAUGCCGGAAGAUAACUCAAGGGUCUAAUCAGGUUGCUAACAGUUCCCAAAGCUUUUUCCCAUGGCUCCCCUACCAAAUCCAGAGGGACCUCGAGUCCAUCCACUCUUCUUUUCCCAUAGACGAAUGCCAGUCUUAACGCCACUCCCCCUCACCCAAAGCACGGGACAUUAGGGUACAGCCUUGGUGGGAAAGCAAAGGGUUUUACCGUUCUGUUCGAGGUUACCUGAAGCGAACCUCGGACUCGGCUUUCCUUUUUCCUGUGAAGUAUCCGGAUGAGAGAAGAAAUGACGGGAGGUUGUAGUCGUGCAUAUAAACUUGGGGACUCCUGCAUACAGUGAAAGCAGACGACGAGUAAAACAUUUUGAUGGAGGAUGUACAACAUAUCAGCACUAAAGCAGCAGAACUUGAAAACCCUUGAAAUUAAUGCAUCAUACUCUUCUUUCUUACCAUAGUCUUUUUGCAGCAGUUACUGCUACAACAUUGGCCCUCUCCAUUAAUACUUUGCAUUUGUUCCUCAUUCCCAAAUCCUCCAAGAGUCGAGAUAGAUCACUGUAGUUGCUCCUGGGAGUACUUCAUCUCAGUUAGCAUAGAAAACAUCUCCUGCGGUACAAGAAAAACAAACAAUGCAUUAGAAU